CAUCUCUCUCUCUGUCUUUUGCUCUCAUUUUCGUUUUCAAUGGAGGAUCCGAUGGAGAGGUUGGGAUCGGAGCCGGAUUCGUCGAUCAAGGUCGACAGCGACCUGAGCAUGGAAAUCGACCCGCCGCCGCCGCUCCGCGAGAACGUCGCCACGGCCGAGGACUGGAGGAGGGCGCUCGGCAGGGUCGUCCCCGCCGUCGUCGUCCUCCGCACCAACGCCUGUCGCGCUUUCGACACCGAGUCCGCCGGCGCCAGCUACGCCACCGGCUUCGUCGUCGACAAGCGCCGCGGCAUCGUUCUCACUAACCGACAUGUCGUCAAGCCCGGACCUGUGGUCGCAGAGGCUAUGUUUGUUAACCGUGAAGAAGUUCCGGUGCAUCCUAUAUAUAGAGAUCCUUGAGGGUCCUGAUUAAAUGUUCUAUGUGCACAAGGAGUGGUAAGACCAAAGAUCUUUUGCUGUUGCAUUGUGACAUUGCCCAUGAAUUGUUGACUUAUACCUGGUUAUGCAUUUGGGUGUCCCUGCCAGCUGUCAACAUCGUAAUAUUCCUUAUCCUAUUGUAACCAUCUCUCCCAUAUAAGUGUAAUGAAUAGUCUAAGCGCUGAGAUUCUUGAUUUUCUAUCUUCUCCUUUUCUGUAAAAUAUCUCUCUUUUUCUUUUUCUUCUUCAACGUGGUUUGAUGAGUAAUGUUGAAAUCUCCAAGAUUGUUUUUGAAUUACAUUCUGGAUGUAGGAAUUGUUUCGGUAAACAUUCUUCAUAUGUUUGGAACUUAGCGUUAUUAUGCCUAUUAUGGACUUUGUAGAGGGAGAGAAACCGAUGCAUUCUUGAGGGUAUGCCUUGGUUUUUUAGCUGAAAUCAUAUUUCCUAAUAAUAUUGUUUUAGUGGUCUCCUUUUUUUGGGCCAUAGUAAGAUA